UUGGUCGCAAGUGCGCAACGUGUGCUGUAUCGUUUGUGCAUGUUGGGGUGGCAUUUCGGGGCGGCAAUAGCGGUGGCAGACCCAAUAACAAAAGAAAAUCGACAGCAAUUCUGACUGUCUAGUGCGUAUCGAGCGAAAUACGCGCUUAGCUUGCACAUAUACACGUAGAUUUAAUUAAUUUUUAAUUUUGCCAGAGGGUGUCCCGGCUUAUAAUUAUGAGUAAUGUAAUGCAUAUUGCAAAAUCUCAAAGUAUAAGGCUUGUGCCAUUCUUUGUCACUGUCGUGCUUUAUUUUGCUCUCGUUCGCGAUGAUCCCGAGGGUAAAGUAUGGACAACUGUGCUUAAGUGUCUGCCCAUUACAACAUUGAUGUUAUAUGUGGUGCUGAAAGGAUUUGCCUUCAACAAUGAGUACAGACGCUCCCAGUGGAUUUUGUUCGGUCUUAUAUUUUCCUGUGGUGGUGAUGCUCUACUUAAUCUUAACCUUUUUCCAUUUGGCAUGAUAUCCUUUGGUAUAGCUCAUGCGUUUUACAUAAGCGCCUUCGGUUGGACGCCGCUUAAAUGGCCAAUAGGUUUGGGGCUGUAUGUACCAGUAGCCGUUUUUAUUUACUUCAUACACACAAAUUUGGACAAUAUUUUAAUUUUCGGUGUUCCCAUAUAUAGUGGCCUGAUAAUAACAAUGUUGUGGCGUGCGAUCGCAAAAGCCAUGGCUUCUAAGAGCUUCCUCACCAUUUUCUGUGCAGUCGGAGCUGGGUUGUUUGUCAUAUCCGAUAGCCUUAUUGCUGUGACAAUGUUUUUGGGCGUGCCGUUGCCGUGUGCAAGAUUACAGAUCAUGAUUACCUAUUAUGCGGCUCAGUUUGCCAUUGCACUGAGCACGGCCGAUGAUGGACCGGCCCAGAAAUGGAAAACCAAAUCUUAGCUAAGCUAAAAUGAACAAAACCCCAAACGUUACCACCAGACUUAGUACUUCCAAUCUACUUGUAGUUAUUAUUCAUUAACAACAAUGCAAAUUAUUUGUUUUGGAAAACCGUUUAAUUUAUUAAUAAACAGUUGCAUAUCAGGCAGCUUUUCACGGUA